AUUAGUUAAUUAAAAAAAGGAAGCGAAUCGUUAAAAUUUUAAGACCGUUUUGUUUGUGAGACGAACGUUUUAAGCCUUGUCGCCGAUCGAGAGGGUCGUUGUCGUGACGUGCCUUCGCCGCCCUCGAUAUUUCGUUAAACAGGUUCGGAACGUCCGUGAUCAUAACCUAAAACUUUUUUUUUCAAAAACUGAAUUUAGGUAAAUUCAUAUUUACCUAGAACUGAUUUAUCUGGAGGUCCUCGAUGCGGGAAUGAUGGCGUUGUCGACGUUAACGGAGGAUUUCACGUCGUCGGACGACUACGAGGAGGGCGAGAUCCUCGACGAGGACAGCCUCUACGACGACAUCAGCUCCCUCGAGGAUCUGAGCCUUUCUGACUCGGAGCCCAGGCAGGUGGACGUCUCCGUCGCCCACAAGAAGAGGAAAAAAGAACACAAGUGCAAGGACGGAAGCGUCUGCCGGGGCGAACGAAGCGGGAAGCACUGCUUCGCCAGGAUCAGGAAGAGGAGGCUCAGCCCCGAGUACGCCGAAAAGAUGAAAACCCCGGAUCACACCUACUACAGAGGGCUAGACGAGGGGAAGAUCCUGGAUAAAAAACCCACAAAACGCAUACCCAACCAGUCCAAGUACAUUGGAAGGAAGUUAAACAAAAAAGAUCAGUUUGUCAAGGAAGGAUACCACUUCCACAAACAGAAAAAUUAUGAUUAUUAUAAAGAGAAAACCCGACCGUUUAGAAACGGCGAUAAUCAAUGGUAUGAAAAUGACCAUAAAUCGAAGCAUAAGCAAGCCAAUGCCAAGAUGCACAAUUCAUUUGUAAGUUCAGCUAAGCCUGCUAAAACCAGUCUUCUUAAACGGUUGGUGGGCUCUGGUUCGAUGGUAGCUAAAAAAGAAGGGAAUGCUGAAAGGUCAUUGCUGCCGAAUGAAAAUAAAAAAGGGAAAGAAACCAUUUCAGAUUAUGUCGAAAAUAUGAAACCAUCUGAAGUUAAAAGUGAUGAUAAUUGCCCUCUCAAAUACGAUGUUACAGACAAACAAAGUGAUAACAAUGACAUAAAAGAGUUGACUGGUGAAAUAGAAAAAAGUAAAUCUGAGAAAGCACAAAGCAAACCUAAAUCUGAAGAACUGAACGAAUGGGAUCUUAGAAUCGCCGCUUUAAGAACAGCCUUACUGAAAAAAUUUUCAGAGAAAAAGAAGAACGGUCUUAGUUUCAAAAGGAAGUGCUCUAACCCUUCGGAUGAUUCUAUUGUAGAUUAUGCUCUUCAGGAUUUUGUAGAGAAUGAAAUGGAAUUUCCUGAAAAAGUGGAAGUAUUGAAAGAUGUUGAUUAUAGACAGUUUUCUGACCAACAACCUUGUGAUAUGGAAUUCUGUGAAAUGCAGCCAGUUCAGCAUGGCUUUAACAGUUGUAUUUUUACUGAAAAAAAUCCAAUCCCCUUUUCAGAGUCAGAUUUCGAUUGUCGGGUGUAUUCCUGCUAUCCUUUUCCCCAAGGAAAAAUGCCCAAUUCAGGCCAAAAACAUUUGUCACCAUUCUUUUCUCCUCCCUUAAAUUCUGACCAGGAACAGCUUGCCAUUGUUCCAGGGUCGAGUGUUUCUAGUGCAGAAGAUAAGUCUCAACCAGUACCUGAAUGUCUCAAAGAAAUUAAUUCCAACAAUAUUAGUAAUCAAAAAAAUAGUUUUAAAAAGAAAAGAAGAAAAAUAAAUAAAUUAGAAAAUAGAAAACUUAAAAAGUCUCUUGAGCCCGAUCGUCCCAUUCUUGCUAAGAUGGAUGUCGAGGAAAAUGAAAAGGAGACAACGGAGGAAGAAGAAUUAAGGGAAUUGGCUCUGAUGUCAGUCAAAGUGAAAAACAAAAUGCCGCAAGGGAUGUUAGUCAAAGUGAAUCCAGACAAUGAACUCCUUAAAACUUUACAUGUGGAUACAAGUCAUACACCAGCGGCAAACAGCGAUAGCUCAUCCAACAAACCAAUAUCCAAUAAUUCUAGUAGAGAUCCUUGGGAUGAUGUCGAUGAAGACAUUCUCCGUGCUCAACUUUUAAGCUCUAUGUCUAAUAAAAUACCGACCAAGAUUAACUCUCCUACAGAAUCCAUCUCGCCCAAUAUCAUCCCUCCAGUGAAGAAGGCUAAAAAUACCCUGAAAAUGAAUGGGUUGAAAAUGAGCAAGGCAAACAUCAACCCUUUUAUAAAUGCUUCGGAAUUAAUGAGAAUGAAAGAAAACAAAAGUUUUUAUAAUCAUAAGAGGUUUAUCAAGAAGAAUAAACAAGUCCCGCUACAGAUAUCAGCCCCUGCUGUUCAGAAAUUGGUAAUUAAUCUCAAUGAUUCGGACACAAGCGAAGAAGACUGUUCACCCCACAUUGCAGCAAGUAUCGAUCUAUUUUUACAAGAAGUUAGAAGUAAGACUGAAAGAGAACAAGAAGAAAAUGCUAUGCUAGAAGUAAUCAAAGUUGAAGAAAUGGCUCCCGAACCUUCAAACGACUUGCUACAGGUAGUUUCGGAGGCAAAAGUGUUACCAAAUGCUGACACCAAAGUGAAAAUUGAGAAACCUGAGCUACUAACAAAUGGAAAAAUUUCAUUGACAUUGAAAAAUUCAAACGAUUCGCAAUCAUCCGAAAUUAAAACUCCCACUUCUAAAAGUACCCUUCCUUCUGCCACGCCCCAGGGUAUUAAGCACUUACCUGCUUGGCAGCAAGAGGAAUAUCGCCGUUUGAAAAAUAAACUGAUAGAGAAAGAACGCAUGUGGAAUUCGGUCGAGCUAAAAAUUCAAAAAGUCAAAAAAGACGAGUUAAAAGCUCAGGUUGAUAGUGUAAAAACUAACAACUGCAAAAGGGAUAAACCUUUUUUGAGCUUGAGCCCAUCCAAUGUAAACAAAGGAAGAACGCCUGAAAAUGCAAUUAACCAAACCGAUACUGUUGAUUCAGGCACAGAAACUUCUAGAAAAAGGCAAUGCCUAAAUAAUAAUACUGCUGCCAAAGAGAGUUGGCAAUAUUAUAGAGAUUUUUCUGAGUUGUCUUCAAUGGUAGAAGGGCUCGAAAAAGACCUUGAGGAAUUCCAAGCUUUAAAAAGCAAUACUGCCCGCUUGAGAAGAGAGCUCGCAUUAGCUCAGAACAAAAUGUCAAUGAAAAGGAUGAGCUUGGUCUCGACAAAAGAAUCUUUGGAAAAAAAAGAAAAAUACAUCAACUCCAAAUUAACAUUGGAAUUUCAAAAACUGAAGAAGACUGAGAUACCAGAUCAGGAGAAUUUUGCGUUUUACAGGCAAAGAAGUAAGGAAUUUGAGUUGGCGUUUCUCAAGUUGAAAGAGAUAAGCCUUCGUGCACAGCUUGCUUGCUUUAACCUGGCCAAAGAAUUGAAACCGGCGGUGAAGAGUGCCAAAACUGUUAGUAAAGAAACAUCUAGUCCUAUGAAAAAAAAAGUCAAAACACCAUUACCAAAGGAUUCUGUACCAGUUGAAAAUAACAUCAAACUAGAGGCAACAAACUCUGGCGAUAAUUUGCAAGGAGGGAAUAAUCAAAAAAGGGUUUUCAGUGUUUCGGAGAGUGGGAGCCUAGACCCAUUCACACCUCUUUGCCCUUUUGACAUGGCCGGUGUUUGCAAGGAUGAAGAAUGCAAAUAUCAACACAUUAGGCCAACAUGAAUUUUUAGUUUUACUUUUUUUCAUUUUUACGAGGGGGAAAUUUAUAAUUUAAAUUAUCAGGACCUAGCAAAAUCUUUUCUAGGUGCAAUUAAUAAGACUUGUGUAUGGAUUGUAAAUACGUAUUAUAUGCCGUGUGGAUAGACUCUUGGACGAAACGCGAUAGUGUAAGAAUGUUUUUCGACUCUUGUAGAUAAUGUUUGUUCCCUACAUGCCAAAUUCUGUGAUAUUAACAAAAAUUAUUUUUUAUAAUAGCCAUCUAAGCUAAACGGUGUUUGAAACUUAUUUAAUUUUUGUUAGUCAUUAAUUUGUAAUUAAAGGACGGAGCUUUUUACCAGGGUACAACAAUUUUUGUUUUGUUUUUGUUUAUUUGGGGGGUUUCCUUUUGCAUUUAGUUUUAUAACUGUUUUAAAUGCUAUAACAUGUUGAGAAAAAUUUGAUUUCAGCUCUCAAAGGAAGUGAUCUAUGGUUCUUUCAACUUUUUUCUAUUCGGUAUGUAUAAGUAUGUAAGUUGAACAAAAUAAACAUGACUUUCCCUUUAUACAUUAACAAAAGGAGACAUUAAUUUUAGGUUUAAUGCCAGUGAGGUAAGCUAUCUGAGUUUUAAAAAUCCAAUUUAAUGUUAUUCUAUAGUGAACGUUGUUUAUUAAAAACUAGUAAACUUUUUUCCUUUUGUGAAUUCUUUUACAGUAGUCUCAAGUUGAAAUAUGCAUACUUAUUACAUUAUACUUUUUUUAUGACA